GAGACUUCGUUAUGGACGACGGAAACAAUACAACCACCAAAUUGUUGACUCUCCUCAACGUAUCGGCUCUGAAGCUUGGAAAGCGCAAGCGAGAAACCCAAGUCGAUCCCGAACAUGUUCUCACUCCUCAGAAGUUGAACAAGCGCGCAUCCAUCAAGUUCGCUAUAGACUCGGAAGAAUCUUCCCCUGAAGAACCACAGUCUUUAUCCCUUGAUGGUGCACAAAAUGCAAUGGACCAGGAACCUGAUAGUGUUGACUCACUAGACGAAAUAAAAGACGAUACCGAUCCACAAGAUGCUAUGGAAUCAUAUGAAUCCCAUUUUGGUCCCAACCCUUCUAUUCUAACUGAGGAAUCGAGAACUGCAGUUGAUGGCCGUCAGUGGAAAACCGCCCGAGCUAAUUAUGAGAAACUUUCGAGCGUCGUAUAUACAUCUCACGAUAUACCGACGUCACUCUUGAAGCCUAUCAAAAACAUACCAGUUCUAGAGAGAUUGAAAACUCCAUUUGAGGUUCGGCAAGUUUUACAAUCCCCAGAUGAAACCCAACUUCAGAACAACUUACUAUCAAUAUUGGGUUCGCACCGCGACCUAUAUUACCCAUCCUUGUCUAUAGAUCAUAAAAGAAGGGCUCGCGAAGCUAUCGCACUGCACGCUCUGGAUCAUUACACUAAAAAACGCCGACGAGUUCUAAAAAAUAACGAGCGCAUCGCCCAUGCAAAGUCGGCCUCCACUCCUCCGCCAGAAGACGUUCAAGAUCAAGGAUUUACUCGCCCUUCGAUUCUUGUCCUUCUCCCCUUCCGUUCCUCUGCCCUAGACUGGCUUAACGCAUUCACCACCCACACGCCUGGAUUUCAAAUUGAGAACCAUUCACGGUUUGUAUCGGAGUAUGGCUUACCUCCUGGUGUGGUUGACAGGUUGGCCUCUGCUGAACCAGGGGUGUAUCCUCGAGACCACGUAGAAACCUUCAAAGGCAAUGUGGAUGACAACUUCAGAGUGGGCAUAAAAAUGACGAGGAAAAGCGUGAAAUUAUUUUCUGAAUUUUAUGCGAGCGACAUAAUACUUGCUAGUCCAUUAGGACUACGGAUGUCAAUUGAGAAAGAAAAAAGUGCAGAUUUCUUGUCAUCCAUAGAGAUUUUAAUUGUGGACCAGAUGAACGCACUCAUUAUGCAAAACUGGGAUCACGUUCAGUUUGUAUUCUCCAAUUUAAACAAACUACCGAAAGAAUCGCAUGAUGCGGAUUUCUCGAGGAUCAAGCCAUGGUAUCUAGAUGGCCAUUCAGCAUAUCUUCGGCAGUCUAUCAUGCUAUCUGCAUUCGAAACCCCAGAGCUACGCGGUAUCUUUAAUAGCGAUUUGAAGAAUAUAUCUGGCAAAGUCAGAAUUGAGAAAGUCUGGACUGCCGUUCAAGUACCUGCAUCGAUCGAUCAGCUUUUUACUUCGUUCGAUUGCCCUAAUCCAAAAGUCGAAGCGGACAAACGCUUCAAUCAUUUUACUACGCAGCUUCUUCCUAAAAUCCUAAAAUCCGCCGUCCAAAGUGUCAACACAGCUAUCUUUGUUCCAUCUUCUUUUGACUUUAUUCGCGUGCACAAUUACUUCAGGAAACAUGCUGGAGUGAGCUUCGCUGUGUUGUCUGAGUAUUCCUCGAAUCAAGAAAUCUCCCGUGCAAGGCAAGCUUUCUUUACGGGCAAGAAAUCAUUCUUACUCAUAAGCGAGCGCUUCCAUUUCUACCGGAGAUACAAAAUUCGAGGCAUCAGAAACGUGAUAUUUUACGGCCCUCCAGACCACCCGCAGUUCUUUUCGGAACUGCUAUCUUUCCCGUUCUUGGACGAUGGGGUUGAUGCUACUGAUGUAACUUGCCGUAUCUUGUACUGCAAGUAUGACUGGUUCCGAUUGGAGAGGAUAUUGGGUUCAGCAGCCAUAAAGCAAUUCAUGCAAGAGAACGUCACGUAACGAUGCAAUGGUAGAGUCACUAUGUAGUAGUAGAUUGAGGAAGCCGCCAUACUGUCGUUCCCAGUCAGUUCGUAUUUGAGGUACAAUUCGGACACUAUCUGAAAACACCAUAUAGCACUUAGUACUUACUUUAGUUAUUUUACUCAGUGAAUUGAAAGACCUUAAAAAUCCCUCCUGAAGUUUUUUCAGCUCGAACUAUCAAGCCGUUUUUCUGUCC